AUGUCGCCUACCGCACCGCCAAGUGAUACGGUUGCCGAGGAGCAACCCGACACCCCCGACGCCGAUGGCACCAACGAGAACGAGUUUCAGACCGUGUUCUCAAAAUCUCAGAAGCGUCGCCAGCGCGCCUCGACGGCUCCGCGACCAGUUGGGAACAUCGGCCCUCCCACCGCGCCUGCGGCCACUCCUGCCGCGCACCCGUCUACUGCCCGCGUUGUCCCUGAGCCUGCCAAACCGCCCACUGCGACUCAGGCCGCUUCUACAGGAGUGCUUGCAGCUGCAGACACCAUGCUGCGCUCUGCCUUGUCGCCGCUGGAUUCCGGCACAGUUCUUUUCCGACCGGCCAACGCCGGUGCUUCCUUUCACCGCACCUCCCGCCUUGCCAUUGCGCAAGCUCUCUCUGCGCUGCGCGGCGUCAAGGAGGUGCGAGUAAACACGAAAAAGAACAUCGUGGCAGCCGACGCAUCUACAGCAGAAUGGAUGGAUCGCCUACUGGCCACGUCGGAGCUCGCGGGAAUACCCGUGACUGCCCGCCCUCCUGCUGACCGCUCACAAAGCAGCGGUGUGGUGCAGGGCGUCGACGGCGACUACACUGACGAGGCCCUGCUGGCUGCAGUGACGUCCGAGGUGCCGGUGAUUGCAGCCAGGCGACAAGGGACAUCACUGAUCCUGCGGUUCGCUUCCCCCUUCCCUCCCGCCCGUGUCCACCUUUUUCGCAUGGCGUUCAAAGUCAGGCCAUGCCGGCCUCGUCCACUUCAGUGCCUGCGGUGCGGACGCUAUGGACACAUCACUGCAGCUUGCCGGAGACUAGAGCGGUGCCUGCGUUGCGGUGACCACCAUGGGAAGGACGCCAGCUGCACCAGCAAGGUUAAGUGCCUGCACUGCGGUAGGCCACAUUCAGCUGACUCCGCGGAAUGCCAGCUGUGGCAAAGAGAGCGGCGCCUGGCCACCAUCAAGGCGUCAUCUCUCACGUACCUGCCUCAUCGCGAGGCUCAAGCAGCCUUGCGGUCAAGCUCUAGUGGGACGAAUGGUCCUCAACUAAACCAGACCAAAGGCAAGAGCUACGCUGCAGCGGUGGGAGCGCCAUCGAAGGAUCCGCGUCCAACAGGCGCACAACAGCGGGAGCCGCCUGCUGGUCCCAAGAAGCAGGGCUCAGCCAAGCCUCGCCCACCCACGAAGGCAACCUCGCAGCCUCAUGCUGAUCAGGAGAACGCAAACCUGAGGCUCCUCUUAAGGGCGGUUGCGGACCUGCUACAUCCUGAGAACCAGCUGCGCUCCAUCUGCCUUCAGGCAGGUGGCGUGCACCCUCCUAACAGCCACCAUGGCUAA